AGAGCCAGAACCUCAGAUUCUCGACUACCAGACCCAGCAGUACAAGCUAUUGCCGCAAAUAGCCACCAUCUUUGGUAUCCACUUCUCGGCAAGACGUGUUUGGGAUACCUAUAAUGAGGUCACAGGAAAUAUUCAUGAGGGAAACUUAGAUCUUCUGCCAGAGUUGCAUGCUAUAUCUUGUGGAUUGAAGGCUCUGAGCUCAAGUGAUGCUUCUGCAGGCAUUGAAAUAUGCCGACUUGCAUGUGGCGGACAUGGAUACCUAUCAUCUUCCAACCUCCCUCGCAUCUAUACUACAACUACUGCUGCCAACACCUAUGAGGGAGAGAACACAGUUAUGUGGCUUCAGGUUGCAAGAUACAUCAUUAAAUCAUACCGUGAAGCACGAAAGGGAGAGAAGCUGUGCCAUUCCGUUUCGUACUUGGCUGCUCAGCCUGUUUCUACACACUUGUCUACCAACCUUUCAAAUGAAGCUCUGGUUGAAGCAUACAAGAAAGCUGUUUCGGCCAUUGUCUCCGAGACAGCAGAGCGCCUCCAGAAGCACUGCGAUCAGGGAGAACAAUUUGAACUUGCAUGGAACAAAUGUUCUGUUCUACUUGUGAAAUGUGCUCAGGCCCAUACCAGGUACUUCACAUGCGAGCAGUUUGUUGAGAAUGUUGAGAGCCUGGAGCUGAGUGAAGGUGUACGGAAUGUUCUUCGCAGAUUGUGCCGUCUCUACCUCAUCUACCACAUCAGUCUGAAUCAAGGAGACUUCCUUAGGAGUCAAGCCCUGUCACCUGAGAAUAUCAGUACACUGGAAGGAGAAAUGUGUGAGCUUCUGGCAGUUCUCAGAGAUGAUGCGGUGUCAUUAGUGGAUUCAUUUGAUAUCCAUGAUCGUAUCCUUGGCUCAACUCUUGGAUGUUGGGAUGGCAACGUCUAUCACAGGAUGUUCAGCGAAGCCCAAAAGAGCCCCAUGAAUCAAACUGACGUCCCAGAAGCGUACAGCAAAUACCUGCGACCUCUUAUGAAGGCUAACCUUUAAAGGGACAUAGGUAGUUGUGACUUUGUAGUGGACAUGUGUGAAAGCCCAUUUCUUGUAAUAGGUCUUUUGAAAUGUUUGCAAAUUUUGGAGUUCGUCUUAUGAAAUAUUUGCAGAUUCAUAAUGGGUCUUGUGAAAUAUUUGCUGACAUUUUGUAGCUAAUCUUCGUAAAUAUCUAGAACAUUGUGAGGGGAGUCUUGAGAUUUGUUUUAACUUUGUAGUAGAUCUUAAGAAAUGUUUGAAGCAACAGCAUAAAAGUGGCAAAAUUUUGUUAAAUUACUUAACUGCACAAGCACUGCAUUUUUUCUUUAUUAAAGUGAGAGGAUUUUGAUCAGAUUAAAAGAGCACAAUUGAACUUCGUGUUCUAAUUGUAUAUUUGCUGACAGCUCAUCAUUUUAACUGUUUUGUAAUUUAUUUGUCUUUCUCACUGCUAGUUGCAUAUGUCCCACAGUGGUUAUUACAAAACCUAUUAGUAUUUUCUUUGAUAUGAUAUUUUUCUACAAAAUGGUUUUCCUGAACUAGUGACAAGAUUCUUAUGUUUUAAAGGUAAAUGCAUUUAUGUAUUUUGAUUGCCUUAUGUCGUACAUGAAAGUACAGUAAGCAUUAUUUUUUUUAACAGGGUUUACAAAACUUAAAAGAUGUUAAAGGAUAUAUUGUAUUUUAUAUCUGUGUCUAUACCUUUUUAUAUAUGUAUUUAUUUGUGUAGCAUCUAUCUAUCUAU